AUGCCGCGCGCGGGGGCCGGCCGGCAGGACAGCGCGUCGCCGCACAGCAGUACGGCGUCGCUGCCGCCCAAACGCGCGCCCUCCCUGCGGCGCUCGCAGCUAGAGUCACGGCUGCUGGCAGGCAGCCAGGGCGAUGUCGAGAUGCUCUUGAAUCCACCGCCCCGGCCUGUACACGACAACCCCUUUCUCCCGGGCGAUACCGUGCUAUGGCUGGAUGGGCGUUUGCCCGAGUCCGGCACACACACCCGCCCGAUCGAGGACCACGUCCAGGCGAUCCUCACCUACCUGUCUGACCCCGAAAAAGCACGCGUUUGCGCUGCGAUGCAAGAGGUCGAGACGCCCGACUACUGUGCGGCCGAUGCGCCCACGAGCCUCGGCAAGACACGCGGUGCAUCCUUACAGCCGCAGCGCGACACAUCCGACGCGGCGUACCUCGCGCGGCACUUGCGGCAUGAGCGCAACGAAAAGAAGCUGCGGCGUCAGGAGAAGGACGCACUCGUGCGCGACCGCAAGCGCCUCAUUGCACAGAUCGCAAGCAUGGAACAAGUCGACGUCGCGCUGCUCGUCCCUGCGCUGGCGGCGCGCGAGGCCGAGCGGGGCGCCGCGCCUCGCGACGAAGACGAGCUGCUUGCGCACCUUGGAAACUUGCGUACGGAACUCGUGAGCGACGCCAAGGCGACGCUCGCACGCUACGACAAACUCCUGCCCGACGAGGCGCAGCGCGGUGCACCGAGCGAAAUCCGCGCCUCGCCGGCGCCCAAAACACGCGCCUCGCCUACGCCGCUCGUCGCCGAUCCCCCCGUGCCCCGGGUGGUGAAGGAGCGGACGUGUGCACUUGGCGCGCACACCAGCACGCCGUACACGACGCCGCCCCGCCGCGUGGGGCCGACGCUCGCCGAGCUCGCCCAUACGCCGCGCGAUGCUUCCCCGACACCGCCCGGCUCCGUAUACCCCCCGCAUCCGCCCAAGCGGCGCAAUUCCUCGCGUAGAAAGGCCACCAGUGCGUUUGGCGAGCGCGUGCCCGACUAUGCGGCGCACCGCGAGCCCUUCGACACGGCCAUGGCGCACUUUCUCCACGGUGCGGAAACCCCUCCAUAA